AUGGACACUUUAAAAGUAACCGAUAAGAUAAAAACAGAUCACUCUAUCGUAAGUUAUGAAUUCCAUUCGCAUCAACCGUUUGGAUCGACCACGUUCGAUAACAAUGACGAAAUUAGAAUUUCAAUUCCGGAAAUAGAUAAUUAUACUUUACCGAGCGAGAGUUAUCUAUACGUCGAGGGUAGCGUUCGUAAGUUAGCCGCGGACGGAAGUAUAACAAAAGAUGCCAGCGCAACGGGGCAAUUGGUUAACAAUCCCGUUGCAUUUAUGUUUAGCGAUAUUCGAUAUCUUAUUAACGGAGUACAUGUUGAUGGUGUGCGGAACGUCGGUAUAAGCUCAUGCAUGAAGGGUUAUUUCUCAUCUACACAGAACGAGGUGGUGAAAUUAGAGAACGCCGGUUGGCACAUAAAACCUUGGAAAGAUGACGUAGCCGGUGUUUCAAAGGCUUUAGACAAAAAUGGAAAUUUCGGUCUAAGCGUUCCGCUAAAAACGUUGCUAGGAUUCGCAGAAGAUUUCAGAAAGAUCAUGAUGAACGUUCGACAGGAACUUGUGCUAAUUCGCGGACACGAUGAUACCGACGUCAUCUUUCAACCGGCAGCCGCUCCGAACGACGAAAAAUUGAAAUUGAUCAUUAAUAAAAUUAUAUGGAGAGUUCCUCACGUAGUGGUUGGAUUACGCGAACAGUUGGCAUUAACAAAACUAUCAGAAAGAAACGUAGACAUUCACGUUCCUUUUCGAUCGUGGGAAAUACACGAGUACCCUCAAUUACUUCAAACUACGAAGCAACCUUGGGCCGUCAAAACUGCUCCACAAUUGGAAACGCCUAGGUUUAUAAUAAACGGAUUUCAAACAAAUGGAAAAGGCAUAUUUAAGGGAAACAUGGCAUUAUUUGAUAAUAUAAACUUAACGAACGUUUUCUUGAACGGAGAACGUUUUCCGUACGAUAAUUUGAAUGUGGAUUUUGAUAACAAUCACUAUGCGAUUUUGUAUGAUAUGUAUUCAAGAUUUCAGCAAGCAUACUACUAUCAAGAAAGCGAACCUUUGUUUUCACCGGAAGAAUUUAAAACUUACGCGCCUAGUUUAUGA